GAAAUAAAAAAUAUUAUGCUUGUACGUGUGUGUAUGAGUACGAGAAUUUCUCUCUCCUCUUUUGUGAGAGAGAGUGAGAAAGAGAGAGAAGCGGAGAGGGUGGGGGGAAAAGGAAUCAUGGAAGAGGGUCUUUCUCUUCAAGAUUUUUUAUCCCGUCGUCUACGGGGAAGGAAAUCAAAAAGUGGCAACACAUCUUUUUAAUGUUGUUUAUGCUUUUUUAUCUUUUGUUUUUUGUGUUGAUUAAUGAUUAUUAUUUUUUAUUUGCUGCUUUGUGUGUGUUUUGACUCGAGAGGAAGAGACCUUGUUUUAGUGUCAUUUUCUUAGACAUACUCUCGAGGAAGAACGGCAAACCCAAUUCCCCCUUCUUCUUUUCAUGCCUUUCUGGAAUUCUCUUGUUCCAUUAUUUCAUCUCUCUAGAAUAUGUCGACUUUUCUUUACUUCGUCUCUCCUGAGUUUUCUUCUUUAGCUUUUGAAGCAUACAUGAAGUAGUAGUCUUUUCAUAGCUUUACAAUCUUUGAGGGACUUUAAUCCCUCAAGCUAAUUUCCCAGAAUCAAGAAAAAUUUCGGUUUAAUAGUCUUUACUUCCUUUUUAUCUCCCUGUUUAUUCUCUCUUACUACUUUUUCUUGAUAUCAGAUUGGAUAUGGUGAGAAGAUAAAAGAGAUUGCACUCUCCCUUUACUCAAUAUCUCCUAGAUUUCUCAAAUUUAACCUUUAUAGCACACCAAGUUGUUCCAAACUUUACAAUCUCGAAACAAAUUUUAGUCUGUAUUGCAAAUCUCCCACAACAAAUUUGGAGUUUCUUUUUCUAUCUCCUAUUUCCCUUUUUCCAUGUCACUUCGGAUUUUAAAUUAUCUAGAAAAAGAAAAGUAUUUGAUUUCAAGAAAAUCUAGCAAGGAAAAUGCCCUUGGAAGGGAUUUUUGUUGAACCCUCUUCAAAUCCAGUCCCUGAUCUUUCUCUACACAUUAGUCCUCCCAACAGUUCCUCAUCGGCAAUCUGCAAUGGCGUUAGUGAAGUUGCAGCAAAAUUCGAUCUUUCUACAAGGCGUGAAGAAAACGCAUCCAAGAAUUGUGAUGCCUUCAUUGAGCUGUCCUUAGCUCACCCUGCAACUGCCGUCAACGGAGAGACCCAGUUUCGACGAAAUUUCUACUUUGGAGGUCUAGAAGAACAACCACAAAACCCUUAUCACCAUAUCUACCAAUCUAAUAGCCAGAUAAAUCACAUAAACCAUGGGGUUUCAGUGCUGGAAGUAUCGGAUGGUUUGAGGCCUAUAAAGGGUAUUCCGGUUUAUCCCAACCGUCCAUUCCCGUUCUUGCCUCUGGACCAUGCCAGCAGAGAGAAGGAUCCAAAGAUGUGCUUCCAUCAAAUGACUUGUCCCUCUUGGUCAUCCACUAUAGCAUCGUCUUCUUCUUGUACGUCUUUAUGUUCUCCUUCUGUUUCGCACUCAGCUUCACCUUAUUUUGGUGGUAGUUUGGAUCAUAUAUCGAUUUUGAACUCGGGGCCUAACGCUUCGUCCUCAGCUUACCGAAUACCCACCGGUGGUGGCCCAAGGUUUAAUGGGAUGUCUUCCUCUUAUCAAUUUCAUCGUCACCAUAAUCAACAGUAUGGAGUAGGGCCUUCUGAGGCUUCUCAUGGAAUGAUGAGAUCAAGAUUUCUUCCCAAACUCCCGACAAAACGAAGCAUGAGGGCACCCAGAAUGCGAUGGACUAGCACCCUUCAUGCGCGUUUUGUUCACGCAGUUGAGCUUCUUGGUGGCCAUGAAAGAGCUACUCCCAAGUCAGUUCUUGAGCUUAUGGAUGUCAAAGAUCUCACUCUAGCUCAUGUCAAAAGCCAUUUACAGAUGUAUCGAACUGUUAAAACCACUGACAAGCCUGCAGCUUCUUCAGGCCAUUCGGAUGGAUCCGGUGAAGAUGAUCUCUCCACAAUAGGCAGUGCCGGAGCCAGUGAACGGGCCAGAUUGCAUCGACUCAUUGAUCAAAGAGGUUCAUCCGAUGGAUCUUUGCAACAAGAAUCUGAUUAUCCUUCCAAUGCGAGCACAUUAUGGAGCAACUCCUCAAGAGGUCCUCUUGUGAGUUAAGCAAUUGGAAAGUCACAUUUUGUUGAAACCACCUCUAUCUCUACUACUCUAAAGGAGCUCAACCGGUUUCAUCAAACUCUCACAAAACAAACCAUCGAAGUAUAAUCAAUACCAACUCCACCAUUCAGCGAUAUUUCAUUAGAAACCAUCACUCGUUUCUUGAAUUUUGUUUCUUUCUAUGUGCAUGUUUCAUCUGUCACGCUUUUAUAGAAAUAGAUGGAAACGAAAGAAUUACACCUCUACAGUUUUAACCACCUAUAGCUUAGCUUGAAAUCCAUUCAACUUGCAUUUAUGAAUAUAAUUAGCGUGACAUUGUGCAAGGUUCAUCUGCAUUGCUUUUACAUUUAACUUGUUUCUCUUUGUGAAUUGUUCGCUUUUAUGUAAAUAAACAUGUUUAAUCUUUGUAAAUUCCAUGGUUAUUUUAAAUCACAAUGCUUAAUUUUUCUUAGCCGAGAUGAAAACUUGUUUCUCUUUGUGAAUUGUUCGCUUUUAUGUAAAUAAACAUGUUUAAUCUUUGUAAAUUCCAUGGUUAUUUUAAAUCACAAUACUUAAUUUUUCUUAGCUGAGAUGAAAACAGUGUAUUUGAAAAUUAACAAUGUUACUAAAAUAUUAAAUUUGUUGUACAUUUGAAAACCUAAAAGAAGCUUUACACACCAUAAGUCUUUAAUGAAUAAUUAUGGAGGCGGAUUAAUGGUCUUUUUUUCCCUUUUUUUAGUGUAAGUCUGUUCAAUGGCCAAAAAUAAUCUUCUCUACUAAUCAUUUCUUCAUUUUAUUGCCCUAAUUACUGCAGAAUAUGAUUCAUAACAAGUGAUUCAAGGGCUUAAAUUGUCAGAUAGUCUUUCUCUCAAUUUUAUUUUCAGAUAUUUUAGAACUGUUUGAGAAGUUGAGUGUUGCAAGUGUCACCAUAUUUUUAGAGAUAAGAAUAAGGUGGCCCACAAUAUUGCUUCUUUUGUAGUUUUUUCCCGCUGAGUUUUAUUGGACAGACUGUGUUACCCUUUUUAUAUCGUCUUUUAUGUUUGUGAUGAUUUGAUUGAAUGAAAUGGCAACAGAAUGUGUUUUGAAAAUACUGUGCUGCUAACAUUAUUUUUCUCUACCCUAAGUUAAUUCAUAAUUAUACAUUACAGCCAGCAGUCUUUUUGUUGAAAUAUACUUGGUUGGAACUAGUUAUUUUUGAAUCCAUGUAACUCCAUUGGACCUUAAACAUAUAUUUAUUAGCCGUUGGAAUAUUUCAAAUUCCAUUUUUUAGGUACAUAUGCAUAUAUAUCAAAUGCUUAUGCCGUGCAAAUUAAUAAAAGUAAUUUUCUUUUAGAAAAAAAAAAAACUAGCCUUAGCAGUAGAGCAUAUUUUUAAGGUAUUGAAACCUAAGAAAAUAUGUUGUUUGUGUAGCAUCUCAACUAACAAAUUUCAUUA